AUGCCGGGGCCACCAAAGUCCAGGAAGAUCGCCAUCGUCGGCAGUCGCUCGGUCGGCAAGUCGAGCUUGACGGUGCAGUUUGUCGAUGGGCACUUCGUCGAGUCAUAUUAUCCGACCAUCGAGAAUACGUUCAGCAAAGUCAUCCGAGUGAAGAGCCAGGAUUAUGAGACCGAGAUCGUCGACACUGCUGGUCAGGACGAAUACUCCAUUCUAAACUCGAAGCACUUCAUCGGCAUUCAUGGCUACGUGGUCGUCUACUCCGUCGGCUCCAAGCAGUCCUUCGAGAUGGUGCGCAUCGUUCGAGAGAAGAUUCUGAACCAUCUGGGCGCAGAAUGGGUCCCCAUGGUGAUCAUCGGCAAUAAAUGCGAUCUCCGGCCCGAGCAGCGCCAGGUCGACAAGGAAGCCGGCCGGAAGCUGGGCGAGGAGUUCAAGUGCGCGUGGACGGAAGCGAGUGCGCGGUUCGACGAAAACGUCUCCCGGGCCUUCGAGAUGGUGAUCGCGGAGAUCGAGAAGUCGCAGAAUCCGAGCGAGCCGACCGGUGGUGGGAAGUGCGUUGUGAUGUGA